AUGCUUGGUGAAUCUACAAGAGUACCAGAGCUAAAAAUACAGUCUGGCCGUUUGUUAGACAAUCUAUUGAAGCACCAGGGGGUCGAGUUCCCGCCGAUCGAGGACAGAUGGAGGGCGGUAAAAAAAAAUAAACACAAAGAAUGCACAGGACUGUUGCGUCGAGACAACACGUGUAAAGGAGUGGCUUUUUCGUCCAACGCUCUUGGAGUUAUAUAUCAACACGCGGUGAGAAAAGAACCUGGAGGCCUGAUUGGAUAUAUUACAGCACGUGUGAAGUCUGGUGAGUUAUUUGAAGUUGAUGGUGACAUGCAACUUAUGUCAGGACUACUUGGAUCAGCGAGUUUGGUAAUUUUUUUGGCUACCUGA